AUGGCCGCCGCCUCUCCGCAGUCUCAGGUGGAGCCGGUGACUGAAGGUUCACGGGGAAAGGAAGUGGGUUCUCAAACAACGUCAGAAGCGAUGCAGAAACAACCAGUGAAGCUCUCAUGGGCUUCAAUUGUUCAAAACAAGCCAACUCUUUCAAAACAUGUGCUAAACAUCCAAGUCAUUGACGGAGCCCCCACGGUAGAGAUUCCUGAAGAAAUCCUCAAGGACUUAGUUCCGCUUUGGGAGGAUUUUCUCAUAGGCAAGUUUCUUGACACGGCGCCACAUGUCGCCAAGGUUCAUGUCAUAGUCAAUAAGAUCUGGACAUUGGGAGACAAAUCAGUCAAGAUCGAUGCGUUUCCGGUGAAUGAAACAACAAUCAAAUUCAGAAUCAGAGAUAGUUUAGUUCGAGAUAGAAUUUUGCGCAGAGGAAUGUGGAAUAUCGCCGACGUUCCAAUGAUAGUAACAAAGUGGUCCCCGGUGGUGGAAGAAGCACAACCGGAGAUGAAAUCGAUCCCGAUGUGGGUUGUCCUAAAAAAUGUCCCACACAGGAUGUUUUCUUGGCCGAAUAUUGCGAGUGCAGCUGGAUAUUUAAAGAGGCUACACCCGGACACAGAGCUAUGUAAGAGUUUCGAGGAGGCAAAAGUGUUUGUUGAGGCUGAUCUAACAAAGGAGCUACCAGAUUUCUACCGCUUCAAAUCGGACCAGGGAGUCGAUGCACUGGUUGAAUUCAAAUAUCCGUGGUUGCCUCCUAGAUGUUCCUCUUGCAAGAAAUGGGGGCAUAAUCAUGAUACUUCCUUACUUAAAAAAAGGCUAGUAGUGGAGGAAACAGGGGAUACCAUUGUUGCUGAAGAGACUGCAGCUAUCGACAAUGUAGAUAAGCAAACAGUCACGACACCCAUUUCAAUGACUACUGAACAGACGUCCACCUUGGAAACUAUCUCGCCUCAAAAGGAAGUAGUGGAAAAGGUAGGAGACGAUCAGGGACAGGACAACUACAUUUCGCCAACAAAGUAUGGAAGAUCAUCUGAGCAAAAAAGGAACGGAAAAAACACAGAGAUUGCGAUCUCUCCUUCACGCUACGCUUUGUUAGCUGACCCAUAUGAGGACGGGGUCGAAGGGGCUGAACAGUAA